AUGGCAGAAAGCAGCACAACUACACAGAGUUGUAAUUUUUCCAAUGGAAAGGGAGAAAAUUACUUAAAGGUUCCAGAGAAGAUCGACAAGGGUGUUCGCCCACAGGAAUCUUGCAAUGAACAAUCAGACGGCCCAGAAACUGCUUCCUCUGUGUCGACCAAACCACCUAGACGAAAAAAGUCUCUACUGGAGAGCCUUAGGAAAAGUUUCAGCGAAUUCCGUAAUGGGCCUAAAUCUGAGGGUUCAAAGAAUGAUCAAAACAGUCAGUUAGAACGAUGUUACAACAAGGAGCCAGACGUUGGAGAAGCUGAAAUUGAAGGAACAAGUGUACUGGGUCGGUGUAACGAAAGGAACAAAGUUGAUUCGCGUUUAAGUCUACCAGAUACCGUAAAGAAAUUAUUGAGCUCCCAAGCUUCUUCACCUGGUAUCAAAAGAGGCCAUGAUCAUAUUUGCGAUGUAAACAAGUUCAGAAAUGAAGUGGAUAAGAUUGGUCAUGGUUUAUUUGAUAUCGUUCGACAUUCAAACCUACAGGCUGUAUCACUUCAGCGUAAAUUAGAGGAAGACUGGGGCUUGGAACUGGGUCGAAGAGACCGCGGUGACCUCCCUAAAAGCCCUUCUAUGAGCAGGCAACAUGAGAAAAAAAAUCAGGAAAACACGGGGCUGGAUAACAAUUUCAAUACCUGCCCCGACAAUGGAGGGGUUCUGAGGUUGAAAUGUUCUACUACUGCGUCUGAAACGCCCGGAAAUGAUUUGUCCUCUGAGACACCAAAUCCAAGCCUGAGAAGUCCUCAACCUCGACAUGGAGUGUACAUAUUCGGAUUAGCUGAGGGAGGAGUAGCUGAAAGAUGUGGUGAACUGGCUGUUGAAGAUUUGAUAAUUGAGGUGAGUUGCAACGAAGUAAACUCGUAGCAUCAAUCAACUAAACUUCAUGAAAGGCGCCUUUAUGUCGCAAACAUGACAAAACCGCGCAAGUCGCAAAAAUAUGGUUUCAUGCUUCAGCAUACCGUGAAAUCGUUAUUGACAACGACAGGAUUCUCGCCAGUUUGCACAUGAAACAGGAUUUCCUAUCUUUAAUGAGUUUUCGUCAUUAGCAAUAGUGGUUAACCGCUGAAACUCAAAUAUAACGUUGUGAGCAAUCGUCAAGCUUUAGAAUUUAGGAAACCACAAUGAAAGCUGACGAGUGUGGAGCCGGACGGGUCCACGUGAGCCGUUGCGAGAAAAGGUGUCCAGCCUUUUUGGCGAAAAAAAUAACAGAAAUGAGAACAGAGAAAAGUUGUGUUUUUCGAUAAAUUGUUAGUUUCUUGUUCUGAGUCGAAAAAAUAAAGGAAAAUAUUGUGCAGAAUCUUUAUUGCGUUUUUUCUGCACGCACGUUAUAAAUUCGAGCUAAAUAUUUCCCGUCCUGCUCUCUCACUCAGUCUAUAAAUAUUAUUAUUAUAUACCUAGACUUUCAUUCAACAAACGAGCACUGUGAUUGGUUGAUUGUUGGUCACGUGCCCCUGAUCAAAUUCGAAUGUAUCCCGACCGGGAUACAAUUGUACAGUUGUUGCCCGCGCACCGAAUACCACAGCAUAUUUUUGUCAUGUGAUUGUUUAAGGGGAAGUCUAGAUAUCUAAGCACUUAAUGUAUGAUCCCUCGGAAAACUAGCUAGUUUCGUUUUCCCUCGGGACCAUAUAUUAAGUGUAUAAUAUUUCAUGGUGUUGUCUGCUUGAGAUAGGUUUAAACUGAUGAACGAACGCCCGUAAUGUUGUUGUUUGCGCGCGUUCAUCUUGAUAUGGCAGCUUUAUCCGGGACUAUGGAAACUAUUCGUUAAGCGCAUAGCGUCCACUUAAUAUGGUGUCCGCCUAAUUUAGUUUUCACUGCAGAAAAGCAAAAAGCCCUCUUCAGUCGAGACAAUUUAACAGAGCGUUUUUAUGGAAUUUUGAGUUGGAACGGCGGUCCCAUCCAGUCUCGCAUGACCAAAGUACCCUGCCUGCCUGCCAAGCCGGGGCAACUCGCACCCUGACCUGAGUUCGCGAUUCUCAUGGGAAUAACUGCUUGAAAAAUUAAAAAAAAAAAAAGGAAAUGGAAAGCUUACUCCAGCGGCCAGAUUAUUUGGGAAGGAAGGUCGUCACGGCUAUCCUAGACCAGAUAAUGGGCCCUAACGUUCACUUAUGAAGAUGCAUGUUAACCCAUGUAAAAUCACUGAUUUCGUUGCCAAAUGAAUGUUUUUGUCACGAUACUAUUGGCGAGACGAAAAACUGGAAGUUGUUUAAACAAAAAAAACAACAAAACAACAACAACGCUGAGAAUAGUAAUCGAGAAUGUGUCGUCUUUCUGCAGAUUAUUUGAUGAUAAAAAGCAACGUUAUUAAACCAUGACGUUUCGGCGAAAACGUGUCACCAUUAUUAGGAGGGUGUCGAUGGGGUGAUGAAUUUUACUGCUAAUGGUUGUAAGAGGGUCUUAAUUAAUGGGGUUAGCCGUAAAAAAGGUAGAAAAAAUUAGCCGUUAUGACAAUGUGUCAUAUUAUGUCAUUUUGGGUUUACUGUUAGCCGUUAAAUGGCCAGAAUUUGAACAGUAUAUAUAAUCGCAUGGGCCCGAGGGCAAUAAAGGAUUAAUUUCACGCGUAUUUUCAGACAUUUCCCUAAAUUGCCCGAAUCGCGAAGCAGAAACUAAAAACCUAGUUUAUUACUGCCAAUAUACCGAAAAACGAUCCGAAAUUAAAAUAGCUCUUGACGCACGAUUUUGUCGUUACAGUUGGUCGGAAGUGGACACUUUUUGUCAAUCACAUCCAAACUAGCUAAUCAGUGCGAACGAAAAGCACUUUUUAACUGUGUAGUUAUACUAAUUGGCUUUACUGCUCUUCUCCUGUAGGUCAAUGGCAUCAUAGCUCUAAACUGCUCGGCUGAAAGUGUCACUACUGCUAUGGAACAGAUUACCAGUGUCAAUCUAGUGGUUGCAAGGAAGAGAGAUCCUUAA